GGGCCAGCUGGUGCUAAUGAGAAGCGUGACGUCAUUCUGCUUUGGCGUGAGCGGACGGAGUCGAACACACUGUACAGUAACGUUCCUUUCACAGGGUCACGCCAAAAUAUUUCAUAAUAACAGCGAAACAGAACAUAUAACAGAUAUAUAACGAAUGGAUAUAUAUAUAUUUUACUUUGUUUGGUAGAUUUCUGAGUUCGCUUGUAUUGUUUAUGUAGCGGUAUAAUAUUAUUAUUAUUAUUAUUAUUAUUAUUAUUAUUAUUAUUAUUAUUAUUAUUAUUAUUAUUAUUAAUUUAUAAUUAGUUUGAAGAAUGGGGAUGUGUCUGCCUUGCUUGGGCGGAGUCCCUGAAGACGUGGUAGAAACGCCAGAUCCAGAAAUCAGAAGGAAGCAAUUGGCAGAAGCAGCUGAAAAAAGACAAAAGGAGGUAACAAAUCGUGGAAUCAAGAACCCAGAGGCAGUGGAGAGGAAGAAAAAGAAACAAGAGGAGAUGGAGAAGCAGGCCCUGACGUCCUCGAAAUCUGGAGAGGGUGGGGGACUCAAGUGGCAAGUUGGAUAAAGAGGUACUGGACAGCACUGCAGAAAGAUGUGUUUUGAGUAUUGCCAGCGUAGGUGUGGUUCUCAUUUGACAGAGUGGCUCCUUCUCUACUGUUGUUGGUAUUGUGUGCAUAGAGACUCAGUAUCGUGCCAUUCUCAGUGCCGUCGCGUCCCAGGAAUAUCCACCCCAUGUGCUUCAUAGGAAAGCAGGAUAUGCCAAGAAAGAAGCCAACUUGGAUUCGCCAGACCUCUCUGACUGGACCACCCCUUGAAUUUCAAAGAAGGCAGUUGUCUGCAUCCUGCGUUAUUUAACCAAAAAUAAAAUGUUGCACAUAAGUUCUCAUAACCUAAGGUCAGUGUUAACUGAAAAUAACCAAUUUCUGAGUUGUGUUCUCAGUGUUUUGAUUAAAUCCUACUUCAGAUGAUGUGUCAUACCCGCUGUAAUUGAUCCAAUUGUGUCCAUUUGUGGAAAUCUCUGACCCAACUUACAAGCUGGGAUCCCAUUUAUGGUAAUACUUUGGUCAAGAAAUCAACAUUACAUCAAAUCUCAUAAUAAACUCCUAGGAAGAAACACACUCCCUAACGUAUAACAGUGAACAGCCUUGUUCCGACCCGUAGUACACUUAAUGGAAGGUGUUGCAGUUAACUAGACGGCACCUGGCUUUAUUUCUUGGUUCAGUUUGCUGUUUUUCUUGAUUUUAAAUUUAAAAUGUUCACACUUUCUUUGUUGUUGCAACCCUCAGGAACCAAUGCCAUGCAGUAUGUACUUCGACAGCUAUGCAGUGCAGAGUCUUAAUAUUUCAGAAGUCACCUUCGACAGGCUAAUGUUACUGAUAUUGAAGCCGAGGUAGUUUACACACUAGUAACCCUGGCAUUCAUAUUGUGUAAUUAAGUGUGUCCUUAUUGCUGCCUUAGUGCACAGGAUCACUGAAGUAGUACCUUUUUUUUAGCUUGCUAUUUCAUUUUAUGUAUUCUUUCUGUAUGUUAAAUGUACACCCAUAGUUAUUCCCUUUACACUCUGUGUAUUGUAUGUUAAUAAUAUGAGUGCUGUUUAAUAAGUGAAGAGAUUACAUUUGAAUGUUUCCUCUUAGCCUUUUUGCUGAUGCUUGCCGUUGUCCUUCGUUCUGUUUCUCCAGUAUUAUGUGUUACUGCUUCUAACUAAAUUCCAGCACAAUUCAAUGGUU